UAAACAGUCAACGCAGUAUAUAAAACAAAAUAGGGCGCAAUAUAUCAUUAGUUUUUUUUCGUAAACCGAGCGGUGAUGAAGGGGAUAACUUUUUUUGAAAUUUUGGUGGUUUUUGGUUUUUAUUUAUAUUAUGCGCAUGCUCAGUUGCGUCCAGGAGCUGCGCAUGUCUGCAGUCGGACUGUUUCCUAUAACACAUACAUAGCGAAGACAUUUACACGAAUCGGUUAUGAUAAUUAUCGCACAUGUUGUAAACGUGUGUUACGCGCAUGCGUGGACCGCUGCACAAGAUACAGAUCUAAAAUUGUGUCAUACACAAACUCUGUUCUCCAAAUCAGAUAUAAGCCGCAGUACUACUGCUGUCCGAAAUGGGCGAGAUCAGGAGACGCUUGUACAAUUCCUAUAUGCAACCCUGGAUGUAAAAAUGGAAGAUGUACCAAUCCUGAUACCUGUUCGUGCAAUGCUGGAUUUCAUGGCAAGUUAUGCGAGCACGACAUCAAUGAAUGCGCUAAGAAGCCUUGCUCGCAAAUAUGUAACAAUCUACCUGGAACCUACGCUUGUGUGUGCAAAGUUGGAUUCGUUAAACCAAGUUCGUCCGCAACAGAUGGUCGUUGCAACGAUGUUGAUGAAUGUAAAACCACUCCAUGCAAAUGUGCUCCAAACACAAGAGGUUGCUUAGCAACAUGCUCAAACACAAUUGGUAGUUUCGGAUGUUCAUGCAACGCUGGUUUUCAGCUAACCUUUGACCAAAAAACUUGUAUAGAUAUUGAUGAGUGCAGUUCGUCAUCGUUGAACACGUGUCAGCAUAAAUGUCAUAACACACCAGGUGCUUACACCUGUUCAUGCAACACUGGAUAUUUGUUAAACGCAGAUAGCAAAACAUGUCGAGACGUGAAUGAAUGUAGUACAUUAAAUGGAGGUUGUAAUCAAAUUUGUAUCAAUCAACCUGGAAGUUUUCUUUGUCAGUGUGAACGUGGAUAUAGGUUAAGUAGCAAUCAAAAAACUUGUGUAGAUAUCAACGAGUGUACGGAACAAAAACCUUGUGAUAACCAGCAUGGAACUUGUACAAACACACCAGGAAAGUAUACAUGUGGCUGUCAAAUUGGAUAUAUACUAGGAACUGAUAAGAAAACAUGUUCUGAUAUUAACGAAUGCGCAAGCAACACGACGAACGGAUGUGCUCACAAUUGUCACAACACUGACGGAAGUUAUACGUGCAGCUGUAAGAUCGGCUACCGGUUAAAUAGUAACCAAAGAACAUGCGAUGACAUAAAUGAAUGUACAGAAAAGACGCAUACAUGUGCACACAAUUGUCAUAACAAUGUAGGAUCAUAUACAUGCAGCUGUCGUCCAGGCUAUAAAUUAGCAUCAGACGGAAGAACUUGUAUAGCUUUGCCUUGUGAGACCAUAACAAAGCCUCUUCAUGGUCAAAUGUCGUGCACCGGCUAUGUUACGGAUGAGCACUGUACAUUCUCAUGUGAUAGUGGCUUCUAUUUGACUGGGUCAGCCUCAAGAAUGUGUCAACACACAGCCACGUGGUCAGGAACACCUUCUAUAUGCAAUCGAAAACCAUGCCCGAAUCUUGCUCCGCCAACUCACGGUUCGCUUCUUAUCCCAUGUAUUCAAUUAUUUGGUUCAUCCUGCGUGGCCAAAUGUGGUAAAGGGUUUUACUUAGUUGGAAGUAAAUUUUCUGAAUGUGUAAUGAAAGAUGAGAAAACAGCAUGGCUGCCAAACAAUGCAACGUGUAAUGCAUCCAUGCCAUGUUAUCCCAACCCGUGCCAACAUGGUGGAACAUGUAGCGAACAGUCAGAAAACUCAUUCACAUGUGAUUGUUCCGGUACAAAUUACGUUGGAAAAACAUGCAACACUGGAAUCGUCAUAAUUCCAAGCAUCCCACAACUCAUUGUUGGGCGACAAUCUGACGAGUUAACAAUCCUUGCGAAACCUGACGAAGCUCUCGAAAUAAGACCUGUGGAGGAGAGCAAUACAUUAGUGUUUGAGCCUGCAAAGUUUAUUGUCUACCCUUCAGAUGGUGAAGCUACAUUUAAAGUUAAUGCAACCAAGGCUGGUGUAUUUAAAGUUAAGUAUAAUCUCGUUGGCAAAAAUGCUCCGAAUUUUAACACACCAGAAGAGAGUACUGUAUAUGCAUACAAAAAGUCAACCACGAUGGAGAAAGCAGUUGAUAUUUCUACUGAUUUUUACCGUGAUGGUUGUGAGGAGAAAAAAUUACUGCAAUGCAACAGAAAGCUAACUUUGAUAUCGACUUGUGCGUGGGGGAAGAGUUCGUAUGGAUUUAUAAGCGCUAAAGCUAAUGGAGUCCAUGUGCCUGUAUCAACAAUAGGAGUAAGUGAGACAGACAUGGACAGAUAUGAUCGGAGCAAUGUAUUGUAUCCCCUUUCACACACGAAAGAUUAUUUGGAAAACAGAAAACUCCCCGGAACGUGCCCGAAUGAUGAAAAGUGCCCAAAUGACAGAAGGAACUCAGAAAGUGUUAAUUACAUCGUCAAUAAUAAUAUCUUUCAAAGAUCAUAUUAUAGCGAAGCAAACAAACUACUUCCAUCAUGGCUCCGUGUAGCAGUAAACAUGAAAGAAGGGUAUUUUGCAGCUGAGAACUUUCAAUCAGCCUUAGCAAAAGGAAACGUUGCAAAAAAUAUCAAAGAAUGCAAAAAUUUACCGAUCAACGACAACGAUGAAUAUUCUGUCUACCUACCAAAAACUAUCACAAUAAUAUCAUUCUUGUCUUCUCAAAAGUCAAGUACAAAUGCUGACUCAGCAUUGUGUAUAUUAAUCAACCUAUGCAGCAAAGACGUCAAUAUUGCAUUACCAAGAGGUCAAACUGCGAGUUUCAAUGCAGAUUUUGCUAGUGUUGGAUUAAAGAAUUUAAAGUUGGUUGUACGCGGCUUGGGUCAUCAAAGUCGAACAUCACAAAAGUGCGUUCUGAUAGACAGCAAAAGACAAUGUGUGAACGUGGAUUUGUACCUCGAUGCUUCAACAAACCUUGCGACAGCAGGAGCAUCCCUCAACAUGAAUGGGAAAUUUUGGGUAAAAGCAACAGAUAACGCGUUGACUGAAAAGCUGGAAACAAGGAGAGAGUUUAUCUUCGAGGGAAGCGCGGGUGUCAAGUUGGAUUUUAAGAUGUUUGGUCGACGUUUGCAGCUUCAGGGUGACGAUGAAAGAGCAACCAGCUAUAUUAGAGUCGGCGAGAGUGCGUCAUGCCCCGCGUGCGACGACAAGGGACUGCAGCUCUCAAUGAAAGUUGCAUCUUCAGCAUUUAGAUAUGAAUCGAAUAGAUUAAUGUUUGAACCAGAGUCCGACACAAAAAUAUACAUGCCGUACGAUAUUGCUGGCGGCAAAAUAUCGUCGGUGAAAAAUGAAAACGAAAUCAAAUUAAGAAUGCGGCUUUAUCAAAACCUUAUUCCACCGCAAUUUGUAGAGCUUAAGAAAAUUAUUAUUAGUACAGGUCACACUCACGAUGAUGGAAUCAUAACCAAAUAUUGCGACAAGGUUUCAGCAAGUUUGACUGCGGUUCAAGCGACAACCAGCGGUAACCAGACGUCCUAUAUUCAACUUAAAACUGAACUGGACCAACUGAAAGAGAGUAUUUACGAUUGUUCAGCGCAAUUAAAAUCACUUCGAAAUCGUUUCCAAGACAACAACCAAGUGAACUCGCUUAUUAGAAUACUUCAGUUACAAUUGAAGCAAGUUGACUUGCUGACAGUUGAACCCAAUCAGCAAGCAGUGACGAAGAAAGAUCAAGGAAAAGUGGUUUCCUUUAAUGGAAAAAUCUGUCUACAUCGUUUAUGCUUUGAUCAUGCUGACGUUGCAAUUUAUGAUCUCGAUGAAUCACUGUUAACAGACACAGAAUGUUCCAGCGCUUGCCGGACCACGUAUAAACAACAUAUUGUCAAAGACGCUGUUGUCGUAACGGCGAAAGUGCAGAGAGAUAUUCAAGUGGCGUCGAGAAUAACGCUACGCAAAAAUGACGGAAUACGACUCAUAGUAAACAAAAACACUGAUUCGAUCCAUGGUUCAUUCAACGCAUCGGUAAAAUUCUUCGGUGUAAAUUACAGAACAACAUUUAUGAUCAAGGAUGAUGAUAUCAUGUUUGAGAAAGAUAGUGUUGUAAUGGCGUCUGGGUUGGCUUUUACGGUGAAAGGUCGAAGCAGUAUAUUGACUGCAAGUUGGAAGUCUAUAGUGUAUAAUAUUCGAGGGGUAAGUUAUAGUUUCGCAAAGAAGCUGAAAUCAAUUGCGCAAGAGGUAUUCGAAGAGACAGCCAACACAACAAGUCACAGGUUAAAGGGAGCAAUGGAAAAUGUCAAAAAAUCUUACAGCAAUCUGUUAACUGGUCAAAUGAGUUUGGCCGAAGCCGAAGAGAAAGUGAAAAUAUCAUCUGAAAAACUAAGAUUAUCAGAAGCUGCUUAUAAGACUUCCAUGAACUUGCUAAACACAAAACAAACAGAAUUCGAUUCGUAUUUAAAAACCUUGGACCCGUUAUUUAUCAAGAAAAAUGUGGAAACUGUUUGCAAGCUGGAAUCGUGCAAAGAAACCUGUGUGUCAAUGCCUAUAUGUCAGACAUGUCAAGAUCCGGUCAUUGUUGAUGUAAACACGUUGAAAUGUGAACAAAAGAAGGAGAAUAUCAAAACGAGCACUGUACACCAAGUUGACACCAAAUGCGAUCUCACCAAGUACGCAUUCAUACCUUAUUACACCGGAUCGUGCAGUCCCGAUCCGCGCAUGCAAAAAAUAGCAGAGAAAGAACUAGAGAAAUCUCUCGUGCAGACUGGCACAGCUGUUGGUACUUUACUUGGAUCUGUUGUGCCAGGCUUGGGAAACCUUAUAGGUGGGGCUAUUGGUGGAUUGAUAGGGUACGUAGGAAGUUUAUUCAAUUCGUGUGAUGAGAGUUAUGAAGUACAAACUAAAAAGUGGAUUGUACAAGAACCUUGUACGUUACUGCAAACAAAGGUGACUACAGUGACUCGACCAUUCUCCGUGUGUUUUGAUGUAAAGAAGCGUGUUCAAACUAAUUUUGAUGCUCCGCGCACGUGCAAAUGCAAAGUUAAUAACUGCAUCGCAAAAGCUAAAGAGAUUACUUGUUUAGUGAAGAACCAGAAUUGUCAAAAAAAUCGUCAGUUGUUUUUGAAAGCUUCCGAUAAAAUUCCAAAGAAAUUUACUACUCUUUAUACAGAGAUCUCAGAAAAUCAAGACCAAGUAGCGACAUUUUUAACAGAACUUCAAACUCUGAAGAAUACAAACGAUCACAAUAAAAGAGAACUGGAACGAAUCAAGAAUGACCUUAGGGUGCAGAAACAAGAUUCGAUAUUUGCUAACAAAAGUUAUACUGACGCUGUUGGGCUUUUAAAAAUGGAGACGUGCAUUAUGAAUCAUCAUAUGUCCAAUAACAAUGCAUCCAGUCUCUUGAAUAUUAAAAAUGUGCAGUUUAACAUCAACCUACCCUUGGUAAACAAUAUUCGCUUGAACAUUGACACCAAACAUAAAAAUACUAAUACUAUUGUACCAUUUGUUUACGAUUUGGAAGCUGACCAUCAAGAUAUGUUGAAAUUUGCUGCUCAAAAGGUUGUCGAAACAACUUUAUGCCGGUCAUCACGACGUAGAAGAUCUGUCGAAUCAGUUGAGAAUGAUUUAGCUUUCAAGUCUUGGGUUACUGAUGGUGGUAAUAGCACUGCUACAGCAGCUCAACUAUCUUGUGCCACACUGAAGAAAAUAAUGGAUUUCUUGAGAGAUUCUCUCAACAAGCUUGAUAAUUUAACACACUCCGCGAUGCGACUUCAACAUCAAAUAAAAGCCUCCAAGAAAAAACUUUUCCCUACAUUAGUCGUAACCUUCUCCGCAGAUACCAACACCAACGAUACAUCUGGUUCUUUAGUAAAAGCUAACCGUGAACUUUUAUCCUCUGCUUCAAAAGAAUUGUCUGACAUUGGAAAACAAGUGAUUGUAAAAAAUGUAUUAAAACUUUGGAAAGAAGAAGUAGAGGUUUUCACCGGGCUGAAUAACAUCACUGUCUGUCUUGGAUAUGAAGAUUGCGUGAACGAGGCAAUCACAACGUUGAUAAAUCUUCCUGCUAUAUACAAAGUAUCAAAAGCUAGGUACGUGCAAGAAGUUAUGGAAGUGAGAAAUAAAUUCAACUCUCUUCUCUCUCACUCAACAUCCUUAGAAAGUAUCGGCCGAGUCAUCCACAGCUUACGUACAUCUCUUACAGCUACAGAGCAUUUAAGUUUACAUUGCGUUUCUGCUCCCUCUGUUUCUCUCUUAACUCCGUCCAAUAUAACCUUGGAAAAAGGAGGAGUGGCUACCUUACGGUGCGCAGCAACAAGUCAGCUACCUGUCAAGUACUACUGGAUGCAUCACGAGACAUUAUUAGACGAAGAACACACCAGUACUCUUACUGUCACAGCAUCGUCGAAAAGUGAUGGUGUUUACAAAUGCAUUGCUAAAAGUCUUGUUGGAAAUAGUACCGCAAACGAAACAGUACUCACCGUGUUUCAGCCUCCUAAAUUUAUUGAAGAGCCGAAAGAUAUAACGCAUGUUUUCCCUGUGUCCGACACUGCAGGUCUUGCGCUAACAUGCAAUGUAUCAAGUCACCCAAAGUCGACUAUUGAAUGGUAUCAUUCUUCUUUGACCUCCGAAGCAUCUAAGCUAUUAGUAAACGAGACAAGCACAAUACUUACACUCGAUAAUUCAACCAAAAACAACAGCGGGUCUUAUUUCUGUAAGGCUAGCAAUAAAUACGGUACCAUUAGGAGUCGUCUUGCACGUGUUGAUGUUUUACCAUCAACAUUAACUCAAUCGAGGUUUCAAAUUAAUUUUGAUGUAAUCGAGGCUAAUAUUACCGACUCAUCCUUUACAAAUUUGACACGAGCCAUAAAAACACAAACAUCUGGAUUUCCGUCAGAGUUUAAAGUGAGUACUCUUCAAAGGGAGUCAACAACAAAAGUGGAGAUCAGCAUAACAGUUUCACCAAGCAUUCAUGGCAAGAAAAACGUUAAAGAUAUGCUAAAAUUAUCUUCUGGAGCUCGACAAGCCAUCGCAAAUGCGGCCGCCGUCUUUGUUAGCAGUCUUAUAAAAAGCGGAUCGACACUAUCUACUGACAAUGGAAGAAUGGUCCGUGUGGAUAACGAUACUUUGAGUUAUGACUUUAAGCUUGAUAUUUGUCAAAAGGGAUCAAGUCUUCAUUCAAACGGAUUCCUAUGUGUGGCAUGUCCUCUUGGUAGCGCUGGUGCUAACUGCAGCUCGUGUCCUGCCAAUACAUUUGCUGACAAAGUCGGACAAGCAACCUGUACACCAUGUAAGGAUGGAGAAAUUACGGAACAAGUUGGAUCAAGAAGUCAAUCCAAAUGUAUUGAAAAAAGACUUCGACAGACUGAUAUUGUGUUCUUGCUCGAUAAGUCAAGAUCAUUUUUAACCAAUAAUGCAUACGAGUACGAGAUCAAGAAAUUUAUACCGGCCUUCAUGAAAGCUUAUAAUGACGUGAACAACACUAGAUUUGCCUUGAUUACUAUUGAUACCUACGCGGACGAAUAUGUCAGCUUGAAUGAGUACCAAAACCCAACACAAAUUUCCCGACUGUUGAAGUUCGUGAAUAUUGGAACCUACCAUAAACACCUUUCGUUGGGGUUGAUGUCUGUUAAAAACAUGUUUGAGAAGGAGUCUGGAGAGAAGCGAAAGAAGAUUGUUGUUGUUCUCACGAAUGGAAUGUCGAGACGUAGUCGAUGGGGGGAUGGAUUUGAACAGAGUCGCAAAGCAUCAUUUGCGUUGCAAAGCAUCAAUGUCCAUGUGAUUGCAGUUGGUGUUGGAAGGAGAAUCGAUUUUGCUGAAAUUCAAGCCAUUGCAUCGUAUCCCAAGAAAAUUAACGCUAUUUUACCUAAAAACUUAAAGAUGGGAGUUAAUCUCGCUUUGAAACAGGUUGAUGCAUUUUUACUUGGAUCUUGUUUCAAACCUUCUCUUGACAUCGGUGUUCUUAUUAAACUCAACAAAUAUAGAAAAUACGACGAGUACAACAAAGACGAACAAAAGCUUCUCUCCCUUCUCAAACGAGUUUAUACAUCCUUCACAAGCACUCCCUACUACUUCCUACCCCGACAAGUAUCAUACCACGACGAAGGUUUUGAAAAGAUGACAAGAUUAACGUUCGAACAGCAUGUCAUUGCGUCACACCGUCAUCAUAAAUACGACAGAACUGACGUAUAUAAACGGAUCGAAGAUGCUGAAUUGUUUGAUUUAACCGAAGAUUAUCGAUCGCUUUCUAAAAUCAAAAGUUUGCUUCUCAUCACGGAGAACCCUCUGGAUGGGUUACAAUUAAAACGAUUGCAAAAUUUGUCCCAAGAUGAUUUAUCAUUGGUUAAUUUGGUUUUUAAUCAGCCAAUCAUAGAUCAGGAUGGAGAUGCGUUGACAGGUACAGCGGCAAAUGAGAAUUUAAUUAUUGGCUACAAACAGGUGGAAACGUUUCUCAUGAAGAUGGAGGACAAGCUAAACAGACAGUAUUGUAUUUAGUAGAAUAAAAAAAAAUGUUGUCUCAUUAAA